AUGUCGUCCCGAUCGCAGGACGAAUCGCGCAGGGCAGCAAGCUCCGAUGCCAGCGCCGACGAACGCACGCUUUACGACCCCGAGUCCGACGACGAGGGCUACGAUGGCCGGCCCUCGGGGGAGCUGAUGGAAGGCGACCACGACAUUUUGGAUUCGGAAGAUGAACGGGACAGGUUGUUGACGCAGGAACAGGGGAUCUUCGGCAAGAAGGGUGUCAAGAUCGGAAAGUUAUCGCGCAAGGCGGAGAUGAAAGAGCGAAAGAGAGGGCAGAGCGAGGAGACGAGCGCGCUCAUGUAUGAGAUGGAAGAGGGCAUUGGACACAAUUCGACGUUUGGUCGCAUCAAGGGCGCAGAGAAAGUUCUCUUCGUUGUUCUUCUUGCUGCUACCUACCGCCUUUCGACACCGAAAGAUGUCAAAGACGCAGCGGCCCUGGUGUCUAAUGGGACCUCACUCUUUGCGCCCACCACUAUCCUCAUCUCCCUCGACGGCUUCCGCGCAGACUUCCUAUACCGCAACCUCACGCCGACCUUGAACCAGUUCAUACAAGAAGGCAUCUCUCCGAAAUACAUGCUCCCGAGCUUCCCAAGCGUCACGUUUCCGAAUCACUACACAAUGGCAACUGGGAUGUACCCAGAAGCGCAUGGCAUCGUUAGUAACACAUUUUGGGACCCAACGCUUGAGAAAGAGUUCUACUACACAGACCCUGAGAGGAGUUUGCAACCACACUGGUGGGGCGGAGAACCAAUCUGGGUGACAGCGGAGAAGCAGAAAGUCAGGGCAGCAGUGCAUAUGUGGCCAGGCUCAGAGGCACAUAUUCAGGACCAAAUGAUUGCAUAUGUGGACAAGUACAAUGGCUCCGAGGUUCUUCCAAUGAAGACGAAUCGCAUCUUGGACUUGCUGGACCUGCCUGGACCAAAGGAUAUUGGCGCAGAAGCGACAACACCACGACCUCAACUCAUUGCUGCUUACGUCCCGGAUGUCGACGGUGAUGGACAUAGAUUUGGACCAAACAGCACGGAGAUCAAGAAGACUAUCGCGAACGCAGACGCCAUGCUUGGAGACAUUUUGAAGGGUCUGCACGAGCGAAACCUCACCAACAUCGUGAACGUCGUGGUAGUUUCCGACCACGGCAUGGCUACUACUGAUGUAUCCCGCCUCAUCCAACUCGAAGACAUCGUCGACCCCGCUGAGCUCGCCCACAUUGACGGCUGGCCGCUCUAUGGCCUCCGUCCAAAGAAUCCAUCCGAUCUCCAACGCCUCUACGACCAGAUCAAAGAGCGCACCAAAGACAACCCCAAUGUGGAAGUCUACCUCCGUGACGAAAACAUGCCAGAGCGCUACCACUUCUCCAAAAAUGAGCGCAUCGCCCCGCUCUGGAUCGUGCCCAAGGCGGGCUGGGCGAUUGUCACCAAGGACGAGUUCAACAUCGAAGUCGGCAAGAAAAAAGGCGAAGUCUACCAUCCGCGCGGUCUCCACGGCUACGAUCACGAACACCCACUCAUGCGCGCCAUUUUCGUUGCGCGGGGGCCAGCGUUCCCGCAUGCGCCGGGGAGUCGCAUGGAGCCGUUUCAAAACAUUGAACUCUACAACAUCAUCUGCGACUCGCUCAACCUCGCCCCGGCGCCUAAUAACGGCACUUUACGCCUCCCACUCACCCCUUCAGGCCACCAUAAUGAUUCUUCGGCCCCCGAUGAAACACCCGACGAUCCGCCCACGCAUUCCCUCCCAACGCAGCCGUUCGCUACGCCCCAACUCGCUAGCAUGCCCGCGUCUCUGGGUUCGGUCUCGAGUAUAGCCGCGUCAGCGUCCGGGCUGGAAGACACGCAGCCAUCGCUGUCGGAUGAUGACACGCCCGUGCGCCCGACGCCGCCGAGUAAGACGAGUAGUGCGGCGCCGGCGGCGACAAGUGGGGAGAAGUGGUGGGAGUGGUUGACGCACAAGGCGGAGAACGUGGAGGAGUGGGUGGAAGGGUUUAUCCAGGAGCAUGUUGGGGGUGAUAAGGAUAAAGAGGGGAAGAAAAAUGAUUGA